UUUUUUUUGUUUUAUUACUAAAUAGUAGUGUGGGUUAGUGUACCGAAUGGCGGUUCUCCAAACACAAGAAGUUCAUGCAAAAUGAAUUCUUGGAUUUCGCAAAGGACCAGCUGUCACUUUCUCAGAUUAUAGGCUCUGUUGUUUAUGUUGAAAUAGAUCCGGUUGAAUGUGGGUGCUUUAGAGAAAAUCUCGGUGGUGUAUUUUCCAGAAUGUGACACAGAAUCUACAAGGCUUUGUGAAUUGUGGGGAAAGAAGUUGCCCAUGAAAAGGAAAAGAGAAGCUGCAGAAAAAGACAGUCCAGACUCCAGAGGCUUUUAAGCAAGAAAACGACCAACUUUCUAGAGAGAGAGAGAAAGAAGCGUUUCAUUUGGGGUUUACUCUUCAAGUCGACAUUUUUUUUUUUCCAGUAUAGAAAGAUUUAGUCUUUGUUUUAUGAAAAACCGCGUCUUUGAGUAAAUGUUAGUGAUAAUUUCCAGUUUGAAAGGUUAUUGAAGCUUUAUCUGAUUCUGGGAACCAAGAGAUUGGAAGGAUUACAGGUUCUUUUACAGACCCAUUUUCGCAUUUGUCAUUUUUGGGUGUGUUUUAGCUUGAAAUAAGAUUUGAGGGAUAUCUUUUUUCUGUUGGCUCCUUUAUGUAUGUAUUUCUAUUUAGGUGAGUGGAACUGUGUGUCAUUCUUGAAGUAAGGGAUCAGAUAUUGGAACUUACUACUGUGAUUCGCACUAUGCUAUACUAGUGUGUGUGUUUUUAGAGCAUCAGGGAAUGAUUCUGAUUGUGUAUUUGUAAUAUGGGUUCUGUUUUAUAGUGGAUUUUCGACAAAAUUCUGAUGGGAUUGGUGUAGGAUGCGAAUUUUUUUGGUGUAUUUUGUGAUAAAGGUUUAGGCCUGUAGGUAGAAUUGUUCAGAAUGGCGGAAAAUGAACAAGAAAUGCGAUCCUUGGCCUUGACUCCGACGUGGUCUGUUGCUACUGUGCUGACGAUCUUUGUUGCCGUUUCUUUUCUUGUGGAACGAUCAAUUCACCGGUUAAGCCAUUGGUUGCGGAAAACUAACCGAAAACCCCUUCUUGCAGCUGUAGAGAAAAUGAAAGAAGAGUUGAUGCUGCUUGGAUUUAUUUCCCUCCUUUUAACAGCUACCUCGAGCAUGAUAGCCAAUAUUUGCAUCCCAUCAAAGUUCUAUAAUAGCACUUUUGCUCCAUGCUCCAGAUCAGAGAUCGAUGAAGAACUUGAAAAGAAUUUAACCCAGGACCGUAAACUCUUGAUGGUUUCUGUUCUACCUCACUUGUUUAGGAGGACGUUGAAUGGGUUGAAUCAGAAUACCUGUGGAAAAGAUCAUGAGCCAUUUGUUUCAUAUGAAGGUCUUGAGCAAUUGCACCGCUUUAUCUUUGUAAUGGCAAUAACUCACAUAUCUUACAGCUGCUUAACAAUGUUGCUGGCCAUUGUAAAGAUUCACAGUUGGAGGGUAUGGGAGGAUGAGGCUCACCUGGACCGGCACGAUUCAUUAACUGAAAUCACAAGAGAGGAGACAUUGCGAAGGCAAUCAACAUUUGUCAAGCUUCAUACAUCAAAUCCUUUGGUCGUCAGGAAUAGUUUCCUUGUCUGGGUGACAUGUUUCUUUAGGCAAUUUGGACGUUCGGUUGUUCGUGCUGAUUACCUUACACUUCGUAAGGGCUUCAUCAUGAAUCACAACCUCACACUGAAAUAUGAUUUUCACAGCUAUAUGAUUCGCUCCAUGGAAGAAGAAUUCCAAAUGAUAGUUGGUGUGAGUGGCCCAUUGUGGGGAUUCGUUGUUGCUUUCAUGCUGUUUAAUGUAAAAGGGUCUAAUCUAUAUUUCUGGAUAGCGAUCAUUCCUGUUUCACUUGUUCUUCUAGUGGGCACAAAGCUGCAGCAUGUUAUUGCAACCUUGGCAUUAGAGAAUGCAGGCCUAACUGGAUUCUUCCCAGGAGCAAAGCUGAGGCCUCGGAAUGAUCUUUUCUGGUUUAAGAAGCCAGAACUAUUGUUGUCCUUGAUCCAUUUUAUUCUGUUCCAGAAUGCAUUUGAAUUGGCUUCAUUCUUUUGGUUCUGGUGGCAGUUUGGGUAUGGUUCUUGCUUUAUUAGGAAUCAUUUUCUGGUGUACCUAAGGCUGAUUUUGGGGUUUGCUGGACAGUUCGUCUGCAGCUACAGCACCUUGCCACUAUAUGCACUGGUUACUCAGAUGGGAACAAACUAUAAGGCAGCCUUAAUUCCUCAGAGGAUAAGGGAGACUAUACAUGGAUGGGGGAAGGCAGCCAGGAGGAGGCGGCGGCGGCAUGGUUUUUUCACUGAUGACUCUACUAUACACACUGACACAAGCACAGUAAUGUCAAUUGAGGAAGAUGAUCAUGAAUUGCUCGAUGCCCCCGAAACUGGCGAUGUUUCAUGUACUGAAAUCGAGUUACAGCCAGCUUCUGCUAUUGCAACCAGUCCUUCACCAGUUGCUAAUGAAACCUCAAGCAGGAUAGGUACACCUCUGCUUCGACCCUCCGCGUCAAUUUCUUCAUCAGUCACCUUGACGAUUAAGGCGGAUGGUAUUCCAAGAUCUUUCUCUAUGCCAACCAGAGGAGAAUGAAGUAACAAUGGUGAUAAAAAAAAUAUAUAUAUAUAUCGUGUUUGAUAAGUUUAGGUCUUAUUUGGAUUACAGUAAAAAAAAAAAAAAAAAAUUUAGAGAGUCUAUAUACGAGCUUUUCAUGAUUAAGUACAUGUCAAAUAUACGAGCUUUCCAUGUAACAGAUUCGUAUACUUAGAAAAUAGUGAUGAUAUCAGAUUCUAGUUUCUCAGCUUUUUAUCCUAAAAAAGUUCAUCCCUUUAAUAGUGGAGCGCAGCAACAACAAACGUAGAAGG